AUGCCUUUUGGCCUCACCAACGCCCCCCGCCGUCUCCAGGCUCUGCUCAACGACGUGCUCCGGGACAUGCUUAACAAGCAUGUCUUCGUCUACUUGGAUGACAUUCUAAUUUUCUCCAAGACCAAGGAGGACCACAUCCACCAUGUUCAGGGGGUUCUUCAACGGCUCCUGGAAAACUCGCUGUUUGUUAAGCAGAGAAAUGCGAGUUUCCCAUCCAUCAGUCUCCUUUCUUGGAUACAUUGUCGGCCAGGGAGCAUCCAGAUGGAUCCGCCCAGGUCUCUGCCGUCGCCGCCUGGCCUGUUCCUGACUCCCGGAAGCAGCUACAAAAGAUUCCUGGGGUUCGCCAAUUUUUACCGUCGUUUCAUUCGGGGAUACAGCCGUGGCAGCCCCUUCACAGCUCUCACCUCCUCCCAAAAGUCUCCCUUCAGCUGGUCCUCCGCCGCCACAGAUGCCUUCCAGACCCUCAAGAAUCGCUUCACCUCUGCGCCUAUCCUGCGUAUGCCCGCCCCAAGAGACAUUCCUGAAGGAAGAGGAAGAGGUUUCCACGGCAGCGACACCAUCCUUCCUCUGCUCGCCUGGCCGUCACCUUACAUGGGGGUUGAGGAGAGAGUUAGGACGGCGCUGGAGGAGCAACCAGGUCCCAGCGCCUGUCCCCCCAACCGGCUCUUCGUCCCGGCCCACCUCCGUUCUGAGGUGCUCCAGUGGGCCCACAACACGCACCUCACCUGCCAUCCAGAGGACCAAGGAGGUUCUUCAGCGCCGAUUCUGGUGGGACUCCCUGGACCUGGACACCCAGGGCCUCUCUGUCUGGUUCACCUGCUCCCGCUUCCAGUUCCCCAUCGUCCCUGGUCCCACAUAUCGCUGGACUUUGUGACCGGUCUACCACCAUCUCAAGGACACACCACUAUCCUUACCGUGGUAGACCGGUUUAGCAAGAUGGCCCACUUCAUUCCCCUGCCCAAGCUCCCUUCAGCCAAAGAGACUGCUGAACUGGUCCUCCAGCACAUAUUCUGGCUCCAUGGUCUUCCAGUCGAUGUGGUCUCUGACCGAGGACCGCAGUUCUCCUCGGUCUUUUGGAGAGAGUUCUGCUCUCUCAUCGGGGCCACGGCCAGCCUGUCAUCCGGGUUUCAUCCUCAAUCUAACGGCCAGACGGAGCGGAAAAACCAGGAGAUGGAGGUGGCUCUCCGGUGUAUGGUCUCCAGUGACCCCACGUCCUGGUCACAGCAGUUGCUUUGGGUAGAAUAUGCCCAUAACACACUCCUCAGCUCCUCCACUGGUCUCUCCCCGUUCCAGUGUGCUUAUGGAUACCAGCCACCCCUAUUUCCAGCCCAGGAGAGGGAGGUUUCUUGCUCCUCUGUACAGGCUUUCAUCCGCCGGUGUCGCCGCACCUGGUCCCAGGCCAGAUCCACUCUCCUGCGGUCGGUGGGCCGUUACACAGCCUUGGCCAAUCGUCGCCGCACCUCGGCUCCUGCUUACCAAGUGGGACAGAAGGUGUGGUUGUCAACCCGGGACCUACCACUCCGGGUCGACUCGAAGAAACUGGCACCCAAGUUCAUCGGCCCCUACGAAAUUCAGAAGGUCAUCAACCCUGCUGCAGUCCGCCUCAAGCUUCCCAGGUCCAUGCGAGUACACCCCACAUUCCAUGUCUCAAAAAUCAAGCCGGUUCUGGAGAGUCCCUUGAUUCCUGCUACCCCGACUCCUCCGCCACCUCGCCUUAUCAAUGGAGACCCAGCCUACACGGUGCGACGGCUUAUCCGCUCUCGUCGCCGUGGGAGGGGCAUCCAGUACCUGGUUGACUGGGAGGGUUAUGGUCCAGAGGAGAGGUCGUGGGUCCCCGCCAGCUACAUCCUUGACCCUCAGCUCAUUACUGACUUCCACCGGCAGCACCCGGACCAGCCCUCCUGGAUACGCCCGUCCACUGAUAACCCCCGCCUGAGCGCCUCUGGUGCCCCACCCAUCCCCGGCCCUAGCGAGGUGGACCCGCCAUCGUCCUCUGUGGACUCUUCAUCUGAGGACCGUUGCCGACCCUGCCUGCCUUUGACCUGCUCGUCUGAAAAGGCUCAAGUCUGCUGGUCUUCGCACGGGAUUUGUUUACCCUGCUCGCCUGAGAAUUACCCAUAG